AUGGAGGCCGCCUCAGCCCGCGCCGCCGCCCGCGACCGCUGGACCGAGUUCGGCCGCGCCCCCUCGCAGCUCCAGCGCUUCGUCUCGGCCGCCUGCAGCCCCGACAACUACGAGCCCAACCUCGCCCUCAACCUUGAGAUAUGCGACCUCAUCAACAGCAAAAAGGGCAGUGCCCCGCGCGAGGCCGCCACCGCCAUUGUCGGCUACAUCAACCAUCGCAACCCAAACGUCGCCCUGCUCGCCCUCAACCUGCUCGACAACUGCGUCAAGAACUGCGGCUACCCCUUUCACCUGCAGAUCAGCACAAAGGAAUUCCUCAACGAGCUCGUCCGCAGGUUCCCUGAGAGGCCCCCCAUCCGCUCCACUCGUGUCCAGGCCAAGAUCCUCGAGGCAAUAGAGGAAUGGCGCCUCACCAUAUGCGACACCAGCCGCUACAGGGAGGACCUGGGCUUCAUCCGCGACAUGCACCGCCUUCUGAGCUACAAGGGCUACAUGUUUCCCGAGGUCCGCCGAGAGGAUGCCGCCGUCUUGAAUCCCAGCGACAACUUAAAGUCAGCCGACGAAAUGGAGGAGGAGGACAAGGAAGCUCAGUCGGCCAAGUUGCAGGAGCUUAUCCGACGCGGCACCCCCGAGGACCUCCGCGAAGCCAACCGCCUGAUGAAGAUCAUGGCCGGAUACGACAACCGCUCCAAAACAGACUACCGUGCCAAGGCCGCCCAGGAGAUUGGCAAGAUCCAGGCCAAGGCAAGGCUGCUCGAGGAACGCCUCGAGGCCUUCAAGUCCGGCGACACCAUGACCGACGGCGACGUCUUUAGCGAGCUGGCCUCUGCCCUGCAGAGCGCCCAGCCCAAGAUACAAAAGAUGUGCGAGGAGGAGUCGGAGGACCACGAGGCCGUGGCCAAGCUCUUCGAGAUCAACGACAGCAUACACCGCACCGUCGAGCGCUACAAGCUCAUGAAAAAGGGCGACAUGGAAGGGGCAGCCAGUGUGGCCGCCGGCGCCCCGCCCCCCAAGGCGGCGGCCGCCGGCCCGGCCACGGAGCUGUCGCUCAUCGACUUAGACGCCGACGCCGACGCCGCCGAUACAAACGGCAGCAACGGUGCCUCGCAGGUGCAUUCCCCAGCCAGCGGCCUCGAAAACGACCUGCUGGGCCUCGACAUUGGCGGCCCCUCGAGUACGUAUGGCCAGGGCGGCAACAUUGUUCUCGGCUUCGGGGCCAAUCAGAACGUUCCAGGCCCGGCCCUUCUUUCAUCCAUGACCCAGGACAGCAGUGCCGGGGCCAGCGGGCCUACGUCGCAGUCGACAACACCGCAGCCCGCCGCCCAGCAGCAGCCGCCGCCGCCGCCGCCGCCGCCGCAACCCGCAUCGGAUCCCUUUGCCGCGUUCAGCGCCCCCCCCAAGCCCGCCGCCGCCACCGCCGACGACGACGACGAAUGGAACUUUACCUCGUCGCUACCGCCGGCGGCCCCGUCCAAGCCCCGCGAGCACAAGUCGCUCGUCACCGACACGGGUCUGCGCGCCGAGUUCCUGGCCAAGCGGGUCGGCCCCAACAACGCCAUCAACAUUGUCUUUUCCUUUGGCAACAACACGGCGCAGCCCAUUACCGAGCUUCACUUUCAGCUGGCCGUCACCAAGGGCUACGAACUCCAGCUCAAGCCCCAGACGGGCCGCGACCUCGGCCCCAAGCAGAGCCGCGGCGUCACGCAAGAGGUGGACGUGUGGCACGCCGGCGACCGCACCCGCCGCGUCGAGUCGGCCAAGCUGCGCUGGCGUGCCGCCUACCGCGUCGGCGCCGAGCAGCGCAACGAGAUGGGCGAGAUUCCUGAGUUUGCCAUUGCCUGA